GGUUCUUGUUUGAUUACAGUCAGCAGAUUCUGCCAGCCAUGGCGUCCGCAAAUCCAGCAGCUGCAGCCUUGCUGAAUCUGCAGGCGGCUGACGGGGACAUCUACCAGCUAUCACCACCACCGGAGAAUGGCGGAAGUCAAUGGAGCACAGCAAAGAAUACAGGCGCCUCAGGCCGCAGAAAAAACUCUCAUGGCAGCUGCUGUCGGUUGUGCAAAGGAGUUCUGGUGGUGCUGGGGCCGCUGCUGCUCAUAUACAACGCUUAUGAGCUGCUCCAAAGAUGGGGAGGGCACAUCAGGGAUAUAAGCAUCAAAGAGAGCUACACACGAAGGAGGGAAAUUGAGAGCCAACUACGAGUAGCUGUGCCUGACUUGAAGGAACAUGAUGCGUACAAGAUUGCCGGCGCCAUUGACAAGCACGAGAACUUUGACAGGCCGCAGAGCCUCGCUGUGACAGGAGGUCUUCUCAGCUCGAAGUUGACGCUGUACUCUUCGCAACAAGGUGGUGCCAAGAAAGUCAGACAGCAAUACCCCAGGAUCAAAGGGCUUGAAAAGGCGAUCAGCAAAAUUAUCAAAGAGCAGAAGGAAACGACAUUCCCAGUCAGGAAAGAGAUCAACACUGCCUACCGCAAGUUUUUCCUUGGAUUUCCGAGCGUUGAUGGAAGGCCGUGUACAAUUCCGACGCUGUGGAAAGAGCUGGACAACUCUACGUCCAGAAGAGUGGAGCUUCAAAAGCAGCUCCUGGAGGAUUUCCGUGUGCGCUUUACGGGAUUCAACAAGUUUUUAAGCAAGCGAUCGCGAGAUGUGCAGCAGGUCCUUUGGGAUGAAUGGAUGCCAAUGGAAUUGCGGCGUGCUUUUGCAGCUUUUGAUUUGCUAUGCUGGAAAAGCGAAUGGAUCACGCCUUCGUAUCGGCUUCCCAGUGCUCGUGACGGACGUAUUCGUGCAGCGAGAUGGCUUCGUCGAGAUCCUGAUCUGAGGCGUUUGCCUGUGCAUAUUGGCGAUACCGAUGACCAACCUCCAGCGCUGCUCCGUCUGCAACGCGCUCUUCCCUGGCGUUUGAGGAAGAUGAUGCCAUCUGCGCAGACUUAGGCGCAGAAACAGGUAGGCUUAGAUAUGUGCAUGAGGCUGCAAGUCGCAAA